GCCCCAUAUGAGGGUUCGAAUGAGCGGCCGGAUGCCGGUGGAACGAAGUAUUUGUCUGAGUCGGCGGACCACUCGAUAACGAUGUCGGAAAUGGAGACUGUAUUCGAGAAGUACAUGAAACCGCGGGACCCGCAAAAGCAAGAAGACGCGUGGCCGGUGCUAGCAAAAGAGGUAUGGACCUACGAGAAGGAGCGUAUAGAACGAUGGAGGAACGAAAUCAGCACGCUUCUCGUCUUCGCGGGUUUGUUCUCUGCCGUCCUCACUGCCUUCGUUGGCCUGUACUACGCCGUCCUGCUGCCACCGCCUGACUUCAACACUGUCAUCCUCGAGCGCAUAUCUGCGCAGCUCGGUAACACGUCUAGCAACCCCGCCGUCGCACCGAGUAGCUCUUCUUCGCCCUUCCCCCCUGCACCCCCUGCACCCCGAUGGAUCGCUACCCUUUGGUUCGCUUCUCUGGUCUUCAGCCUCGGCGUGGCGUCAGUCGCUCUGGCUGUCAACCAAUGGCUGAACUUUCACGCGGAGCAAUCGGGACUACGAACCACACAGCAGAAGGUUAGGACCUGGCAACUCCGUCGCGAUGCCCUCAACAACUGGGAGGUGGAGUUCAUCGUCAGCCUCCUUCCCUGCAUGUUGCAGGUUGCCCUUGUCUUAUUCCUCAUCGGACUUGUGGGCUACCUAUGGGUGCUCGGGCCUGACAUCGCCAUCCUGAGCACAGUCCUCAUCUGCACGCUGUUCCUCUUUCUCGUUGUUACCUCCUGUCUGCCAGCACUGGUCGAAUACAGCCCCUACAAAUCACCUCAAGCAUGG